CCCUGGGCAGUUCGGUGUGCCCCAGGAUUGGAGUGGAGCGAGUCUAACUCCUCAGGCGGGCGGCGGUGGUCAUGGACUCCGAAGUGGCCUCGGGGCCCUCGCCGGGGAUGGGGACUUCCAGGACCGCGGAGUUCUCGGAGGUCUCGGAGCUCCUGAAAACCAUCCCAGGGCUCAGGGCACGUCCUUGCUUAGAGAAAUACUCGGUCUUGGGCUUGAGAAGUUCCCCGCGGCGGAGGCCAGUGAACCUCGUACCUCCCCCAGGCUCCGAGCCCAGGUUUGAGCCAUCUUUGAGGAGCAGCUCUGGGAGCGAAGGUCGCUUGGUGUGCAUAGAGAAUGAAGGGACACCGGGCAUGAUGGUGCGCCCUGCCGAGAUGCCCUGCCCGGAGGCCACGAGCCUUCUUAAGGACAUGUCACCCACUGAGACAAACCCUGACUUGGGCAUGAAGCCUGGUUUGGGAUUAGAAACCCAUCCCCCUUCGGCCAUGGACAUCAGGGACAAGGACCCGGAGAAUCGGCAGAAAAUGCAGGAGAAGCUGGCCAUGCACAUCUCCUAUAGUCCGAAGACCAACGAGAGGUCAAUAAGAGAGCUCUCAGAAGAGAUCUUUUCCCCUGGACCUACCUUGGAGGUGGAGACGGAGCCUUCAUGCCAGUUAGAGGUUGGACUGCCCAGUAGGGUGAUGCCCAAGUUGGAACCCGCUAUUGAGGGUCCUGUAGGGCUGGUGAUAGAGCCACCAGGAUAUGACUAUAACUUGAAGCCAGAAGAACUUCCAAAGCCUGAGAAAUGUUUGGAACCUGGAGUGGAGCAUCCAGAUAAUGUCCGACCCAUUUAUCUCGGGAAAUAUUUUGACCGCACCCCUUGCUGGCGAAGUGCAGGGAAGAUUAUUCCAAUUGGAUACAGAGUUGGAACCUGUUUGACUGAAAAAUGGCCUCCGCCAGUGACUCCACCCAAUGAGAGGAAGUUUUACAAAGCCAGAUAUCCAGAGCCUGGUACCAGACGAGUAUUUUAUGGCAGAGCCAAUGAUCCAGAUGUUUCUCACUUGAAACAUGGUAAACAAAGUGAGAAGUCGAUCCGGGCGGGCCCAGUGAUCAAUCCACCUCCUCUUUCUAUAUUUCAACAAACGAUUAAGGACAAGAAAGAAUCCCUCUAUCUCAGUAAUCGGAGAGCACCAUUAGGGAAGUCCCAUGAUCAAAUGCAAAAUUUACCUGAAUGCAUUGAUAUCUACGGUACAACAUUCGGAGUCCCAAUUUUCAGAGAGAUUACUGCCAGAGAGAUCGUGAAUCCCCCCAAAUCCUUUGAACAAGUACAAGAAGAAGCAGCGCGAGGACAUGACCUGUACGUUGUAUCACACAAUGAUUAUCAAGUAGGGGAAGUGAAGAAUAGGAACUAUAACCCAGCAAGUUUUCAUAAAUUGAAAACGUUUGGAGUGGAAACGCCACACACGAACAACGGCCGAAGUUUAGCAAAAUCUCUGUGUUGGCUCCAUGAACUACAAAUGAAGAAGGGCAGUAAAAUAAUUUCUAAAAGAGUCAAUGAUUUCAAAGAAAAGCAUCAGCACCAACUUGGAAAACCCUGGGAUCCCAUUGCAGAAACAAUGACUGUCCCACCAGACCACACCUUUGGGAUAUUACUGGAACCAGAAGACUAUGGGGCUGCUGACUUAAUCUACAACCGAUUACCAAGCGAGUACCGUCGUGGCAAAGAUCGAGAGUGGGCUGUCCUUUCAGCUGUCCGGCAGCAGCUGAAGAAAGUGAACUACCACAACUUUGAUUCUUUGCUGUUAGCAUUCAGGCAUUUCGACAGGAAUGGAGAUGGGUUCAUAGACAAACCAGAGUUCCAGAGAGCCUGCUUCCAGAUGAACCUGCAACUAGACCAGAUGCUCCUGGAUGAACUAUUUGAUUACUGUGAUCUGGAUGAGGAUGGCAGGAUUAACUAUCUAGAAUUUACCAAUUUUCUGAACUGGAAAGGCAAAAUGCCCAUUCAAGAAUUUGAAGAAAAGAUCCUUAAGAAAGGGAAAAAAGUAUCUGAAAAUCCUCCAUGUCUCACUAUUGCUACUGGAGGGGACAAGUCUAAUCCUUUGAUCAAUCCGGAAGAUAUUGUAAAAGAAGAACCUGGAAGUGAAAUGAAGAGCCCUCACACUCUCUCACGACCAACAGAUAAAGUAUUUGCUGAUUAUAAAACAUCUUCUUCUCAGAUUAAUUCAGUUGUAGGAGGCAUUUCUCCAAUGUGUAUCCCCAUGUGUGGUGUCCCAACAAUUCGUUCUGACAUCUGUGCUCCUCGUUUUCGUCGCAUCAGUGAUAGAAACAAUUAUGGUGAUUCAGGCGAUGCUUAUUCAUUGCUAUACCCAUCUGUCUUCAGUGAAAAAGGAGUGUUUGAAAGAGACUUCUUUAAGGCUAGAUCAAAAGAUGAGAUCACAGCCUGACCAUCUUGUGGGAUGCUUCCACAUGUCCUCUCGUGUAUCUGAACAGAGACUUCAUGAAACAUCCUGAUGCCAUGAAAACAAAGGCAUGCCUGGGGUGGAAGCAGACUCUUGAGUAAAAGCAGCAGCCAAAUAGAGAAACUGGAAAUAAAAGAAAACUUUAGUGUGAUCCUUAGUUGGGAGCAUUCCACAGAAACAGAGCAGAUAAGACAGUGAUUGACAUUUAAGAAUUUUCAGCCAAGGGUUAGAGAUUGAUUGUUCCUUGACCAAUCAAUGAUGCUUCUAGAGAAUAAUUUUAAAAACACUUUGAAAUACUUACUAUAUCAUUUAAAAGGGGCCAGGUUAAGGUAGGACCUCUUCCCUGGGACUCCUAUUCAUUUUAGAGGUUGAUCUAGUUAAUCAAACAGGAAAAACAAAAAUGCUGAAAAAUGUAUAUUACACAAGUGGUGACAUAGUUAGAUGGGCAGCCCAAUGAAUUAGCCUAUUAGAACAUAUGUUUUGGAUAGAUACUGUAGAGAUGAGUUGCAUUCAGAGCUGAAUAGAAGGAGAUAGAUUUCAUUUGGGAAGUUGAGCAAUAUUUGCAGUGAUUUCAAGAUUUUUUUCUGGCGGGUGAAAGCCCAUCUUUUAUAACAUUAUUGUGCUCUGAGUAGAUAGGUGCAAAUUAUGAAACACCAUUACAAUUGAAAGUGCUCCAAAGGAAAACUGGAAUGUGAUGGACAUAGGUUAAGUGCAAGAUAUCACCAAUAAUUGAGAGCUAGGCCUAGAGAUGGGUGGGGAAUCUUGGGUUCAAAUCUGGAUCCAGAAACCUCUUAGCUGUGUGAUCUUGAGCAAGUCACUUAACCCCCAUUGCCUAAUCCUUACUGCUCUUUUGUCUUAGAACCAAUAUAUAGUAUGGAUUCUAAGAUGGAAAGAAAGGGUUUAAAUAAAAAGACAUUACCAAUAGUGACUUGCAUAGGAGUAGACUCCAUCAAGCUUCUGCAUGACCAGAAAGGGAGAUAAAAUAAAUGUCUAGGAAGAGUCAGGGAUAAAAAA